AUGGCAUCUUCAGACAAUCUGGCACCGCGUGAUGCAAAGAUAAUUUCAUUGAUCUUGAGGUCUGUUGGAAUUGAAGAGUGCGAGCCAAAGGUAAUUCUACAAUUCCUGGAGGUAGCAUAUAAGUAUUUCAUUGAGGCCGUGGAGGAUGCUAUUUUAUAUGCAGAGCAUGCAGGAAGGAGUACGCCAAAUGGGGCAGAUAUUAAGCUGGCAAUACAAACAAAAGUAGGGAAGUACUUUGUACCACCACCCCCAAGACAGUUUAUGCUAGAAAUAAGCUCCAGAAUUAAUGCAAAACCACUUGUUAUUCUAGAGACUUCAAACCUCAUUAGAAUACCCGGGGAGAAGACAAGCCUACUAGAGCUGUACUAUGCAACAAUAAGGAAGGACGAGACAAGAAAAAGAAAAAAGUAA